GCGAGGGUUCACCUCCACCUCGGUCACCAAUGAAAGUACAGAAAGAAAAUGCAGAUGCAGGUGUGGGAGUACACUGCACGACCAGGAAGUUCAGCAAAUGUCCUCACCACCAAGCGCAUGAUCACCACCGCGAUCGACCAGCGCCGGUACAACAAGCCCUACCACCCGGCUGACGCCACGCACAAUUUCACGCUUGAGGGGCACCCUAUCCUCAUGAUCGGAAGCGUGAACUGGAAGAGGCAGUUCCUCGCCACCGCGGUGAUGAUGUCCACCGAGCAGAAAGACUUCGCGUUGAUCAAAGAGACAGUCCGCGUGCAUAUGCGAAAGCUCUUUCCGCGGCUACACGAGGUCGGUGCACUCUCAUACGCCGUCUCUUACAUGCUGGCGGACUCUGCGGGCGCGAUCAAGAAUGGAGAGGCGUUGGUCAGUGGGCUGCUUGAGCACGAUGAGGAGAAGCUACUCACCUGCUGCUCGAACAUGAUUCGCGAUGAUUUCACGCUCGCUCGAGUUUAUCAUCCAGCUGGUGCGCAGGGCGCUACCUUGCAUCUAAUUUGACAAGCAUUGAGUGUGGCACAUGAGACGCAUUUAGGCUCCCGAUAUCUCGGUACGUAGGGAUCUCUAACAGUAUUUGGUUUUUCGUCAAAGCCGAACUCGGAAAUUCGGAAAUUAUUGUCCACAGUACGGCCAUUUCAGUCAGGACGAGCGAGGUACCGAGCGAUACCUGUGAGUUUAGGGUUUAGGGUAGGUUAUUUAUUACAGUGAAAAUCAGAAUCAUU